AGUUAUAUGUGUCUAACAAUAACGUUACUUUAAGUAUCUAUUUUUGAUUAAUUUUAAGUACAACAAAUCGUGGUUUAUUGUACGCUAUUUUAGUGAUUCAAAAAACAAAAACCAUCAUUUUAAUAUUGAUUCUUUGCGCGACGACAUAAUUAUUACAAGAUUAUUUGCCAGAGAUACCUAUAUAUUUCCAACACAAUCAUGAGAGAAAAAGUAAUGGCCGGCCAAUUGACCAUGGAUGAGAGCGAAUUCAGAAAACUCAAAAUGCACUAAGUAAAAAUACCGGAAACAUUUUACAAUAAUGCAUUUCCAUAACUUCUCUCACACAUUAAUCAUUUACACGCUUACGUUUAGCAUGAGUAUAGGCCUAAAACACUCUAAUGCAAACUCGGGUGAAAUAACUUCGGAAUUUUCCUUAGACGAACCGGACAGAUACUUAGAAAAAUUGGCAGUAGAUAAAAAUGAAGGAUUGGUAUAUGUGAGUACAUCAAAUAACCACCUCUAUCAAUUAUCAGCAGAUCUGAAAUCGCAAAUUAACUACACUUCGAUGGAAUUCAAUUCUUCAAAUUGUACCCCUGACAAUUGUUGGCAAACAUGGAACGGUAAUUGGAUUUAUUGUGAUAGCUUCUUGCUCGAACUAGAUUAUCGAAACCAACAACUCAUAGCGGGCCAGAUUUGUCAUCAAAAUAACAGAAUCGUAGAGGUAUGGCGUGCUCAUAAAAUCCGUAAUAUUUCAGAAAUAUUGUCAAAUGAACCUAAACAUGUUUCAUCUGUAAGGAAACCUGUAUGUUUCACAGCUCCUAGUUUAAUACAGAACUCAUCCGCACUCUAUUGCGGCUUUAAAUUAUUUCACAUAACUCCAAUAGUAACUAUUCGACACUUGGACCGAGGACGCUUUUCAUUAUAUGACAAACACAUAAUUCUGAACAAUCGAUACAACAGUGACUUUAUUUGUGGUUUCAAUUCGGGAGAUUCCGGAUAUUUUCUAACCACAAUGAUGUCAGUCAGUAAACAAGCUCUUCAUUCGGAUGUCUCAAAAGAAGGAAACCUAAUUGAAAUAAGGCAUGAAGGUCAAAACUAUCAGUUUGAUAACGUUCCCUUAAUUUGUGACACUCUAAACAGUGAGCCUCAGAAGAAUAAAAUCGAGCUCCGACAUGCCUACUUCUUCGAACACAAAUCAGCAUCAGAUUCACAUGAGAUAGAAGGCAAAAUAUUGUUUACUGUCGCUAAUGUGUAUGGUGAUAGCACACGUACGUGGAGAAAUACAGGUUUCAGAGUAUGUGCAUACAACAUGAGUAAUAUACUACCCACAAUUCAAAAACAUAGGGUGCUGAAUGGAGAAAUCAUAUAUGAUCACGUAGGUAAUGCUUAUGUGACAGCCAUGACAGUCACCUCAAUAAAUAACCACAUAGUGUUGUUCAUUGCAACAUGGGAAGGUCUACUGAAGAUAUCAAUAAGACUUGAUUCAUCUUAUGCCUAUACGUAUACGGCAAACAUUUACGCGAAUAUCACUAUCGAUAAAAAUUCAAUAGAUUUUAUGAUGUUUGAUUCAAAAAAGAACUUCUUAUAUGCAAUGACUCCCUAUAAACUUGCCAAAAUCAAAAUACACAAUUGUGACGAAUAUAAUACGCCGUACAUUUGUUUGGAUGCAAAAGAUCCUUAUUGUGGAUGGUGUUUUCCUAGUAAUAGAUGCUGCUUGAAAUCAGAAUGUCAUUACGAAAAAAAUCGCAUCAAUUGGAUCUCGUAUGACAUCGAUAAAUAUAUAAACAUGUCUACAAGUCCAAGCGAUACAUUCUCAAGAAAAGCAGAAUGGAAGGUAACUUUUAAUCUAUUGAAUUCACACCCGUUCAAAGAUCACAAAAUAAUAUGCUCCUUUAGAUUUAACAACACUAUAAUAAAUACUACUACAAGUGUAAGUAAUGAAAAUGAGAUCAAUUGUUUAACACCAAAUCCAAAAGAUUUACCUCCGAUACCUAUCAAUGAACAUUCCAUAAAAGCUGAGUUAUCCCUACAAACAAACCUUUUCCCAGAAUUUCAAAAAAUCGAGAUGGAAUUUUUUGAUUGUAGUACAUAUAAAUCAUGUACAAAAUGUGCAUGGUCUCCUCCAUGCAACUGGCAUAUAACUGAACAGAAGUGUGCAGAUGAAGCAAUUCAGAACAGCAAUGAUACAAUACCAGGUGAAUAUUUCACUAGGCUAGGAGAUUCCUGCCCAUAUUUUUAUCGUUUAGACACACCCUACAUACAUGCCAACACUGGGAAGAAAGAAAGAAUCACCGCAACGUUCAGAAUCCCAAAAAUAUUAAUCUAUGAAACAUUUACAUGCGAAUUUGACACUGAGGGGAAAAAAACCAUAACAUCAGCAAGCCUGCACAGUAUGCAUGUGAAUCUUGAGAGAAAUGUAUAUCUGGGCAGGAUCGAAUGUGAUAGGCCUACAAUAUUUACAUACGCUACUCCAAAAUCUAGCAUACUUGUCAAAUGGUCUAUCUUAUGGAAUGGAUCAAAACGUUUUGAAAACCGCGACAAUACAGAUAUUGUCUUAUAUAAAUGCGCCUACAUGGGAAAUCGGUGCGCAGAGUGUCUGCAGCAUAAAAAUUACAAAUGCACAUGGAAUUCAAAAACAGGAGAAUGUAAAUACUACAAAAACAUCCGGAAUGUAGAAUCUAAUCUUUGGUUAGAUGACAUGGAGAAGUGCUCAAAUGUAACAUUUGUUACAGAAAACAUUAUUAAAUAUCAAUCAAAUUGGUUAACAGACAACAUCUAUUGGAUAAUUAUAAUAAUAAUGACAGUAACGCUUACUGCAGUCGCAACAUUCUUCAUUUAUUGUAGAAACUCCUCUGAAAGAUCGCGGGAAAUGCAACGGCAACUCAAUAAAAUGGGUAUGGAAAUGAUAGCUAUGUCGCAAUGGGUAAAGCGAGUAGUGAUUGAAAAUGAAGUCGACCUAGAUGAAAAUGAAUCUAACAUGCUGAGAUUACCAAACGUCACUAUUCAAUACACAUCUAUUCCAAGAUUUGCUGACGAUGCAACUGUACCGAAAGACGAAUAUGAAAUACCACCUGAUGAGAAGUGGGAAAUUCCUCGAAAAAACAUUGUUUUCGGUAAAUGUCUAGGAGAAGGACAGUUUGGAAAAGUUGUUGAGGGAAAGAUUUCAGGCCUAUUACAGCAGAACGUCGUCACAACAGUAGCAGUAAAAAUGUUGAAAAAUAGCCACACUGACGCAGAUAUGGUAAAUUUAGUCACGGAAAUGCAACUGAUGAAAAUCAUAGGCAGACAUGAAAAUGUACUAAGACUACUCGGAUGUUGUACAAUCGAUGGACCUACGCUCCUCAUCACCGAAUACUCCUCGCAUGGAAAUUUACUCGAUUUCCUCCAAAAAAAUCAUCACCCUACUACAACUCAAAAAAUUACACAACAUGAAUUGUCUGAAGAACAACUAAUUACAUUUGCUCUACAAAUAGCAAAAGGAAUGGAGUACUUGGCUUCGAUUGGAUUUGUUCACCGAGACCUCGCAGCUCGAAAUAUUCUAGUAUUUGACAACUACGUCAUGAAAAUAGCUGAUUUCGGAUUAGCCAGAGAUAUUCGACAAGCUGACUACUACAGAUUAAAAACCGGUGGUAAACUUCCAGUCAAAUGGAUGGCACCAGAAGCCUUAACAGACAGACGCCACACAUCAAAAUCCGACGUAUGGUCCUACGGCGUAUUACUUUGGGAGCUCAUAACGUUGGGUGAUGAUCCUUAUCCGUUAUACAACGACGCAAAAAAAUUAAUGGACGACAUUGAGUCGGGGUAUCGCUUAAAGAAGCCUGCUAACUGUUCGAUUAACACGUACUGUCUGAUGUGCAAAUGCUGGAAUUAUCUUCCCGCCGAUCGGCCAGAAUUUACAAACAUCAUAAAAGAUUUGGAUGCCAUACUGAUGAAUUUCGACAAAACAAUUGAACAAACGAAUUCACCCAGCUCAAACUACACGAGUACAACAGAAUCCGAUGACACAGAUGAUGAAACCAACGCAAUCGAAAAACCUGAUCCUCAUAGCUCAAAAUACACAAUAGAAUCCGAAAACACAGAUGACGAAACCAAUGAUCUAUUGCAAAGCUGUAUAGAAAUUGAGUGAUUUAAUGUCCCAGUAUUCAUAUUUUUGUUGAAAUUUGGUAACAUUAAGGGUACAGGCACCAAAUAUGGACCACUUCUUUUUUUGAGGAUUGCCACUUGAAAACUAUACGAGGUAUAAACCUCCACACAGGCUUAAAAUGAAGUUCCAUCCUUCCACUAACACUGUACAAAACUUCAGGGGUGAAGGUCAACUUUAAGUAUGUUUUUUUUUAUUGCUGAGUGAUGAGUGUCAAAAUGACAGUUCGAAAUUUUGGACGCCUAAUAUGGACCACCUAUAAAAUUUCAAAAUAAACAUACUUUCACAUUUUUCAAAAGGUCAUAAUUAUUUAUGUGUAGAAAUGAACACAAAAACUUAUUCUAAGCAGUUCAGGUUAAUUUUGAAUAUUUGUUUCAAAUUGUUGAAUGACGAGUGUCAAAAUGACAGUUAAAAAUUUUGAACGCCUAAUAUGGACCACCUAAAGAAUAAUUUCAAAAUGAACAUAUUUUUACGUUUCAAAAUAUCAUAUUUAUCAGUAGAAAUGAACAAAAAAAAAGUAUUUCAAGCAUUCCCCUUUUUCAGUGGCUGUAAAAAAUGAGUAAAAAAUUCAAUAUCACAGGUGGUCCAUAUUAGCGCACCCCAUAAAAAAAAACUUUGCACCUCCAAUGACAUUUUGAAAAUUACACCACAUACCUAUAGGUAUAUUUUAAUAAAAGUUGAAAAACACACUAAAAAAAUUUUUCAGUGUCUCAAAUUCAGUUUUUUGUAAAUUUCUCAGCGAGUUUUGACUUUACAGUUGUAAUUUUUGUCUCAUUCGUUUUUUUGAUGAAAAAUACAUCAGAAUAGGUACAUGUUUUCCUGACAGAUUGCGCUAAUUAUCAACGAGAACGGGCGCUGGUCCAUAUUGCGGACUGGUCCAUAACUGGUGCCCUUACCCUUAUGUAUGUAUUUUAUUAGGUGUAAUAUACAAAUAAAUCAAGUAAGUAAGUAUGUAUUCUUGUAAAGUUUUCCAAAUCUACAUAUACUAUUCAUCUAGAUUUACCUAUUUCUAAGUACAUACUCACGUGUACAGUUACUGAUUCUGGUAAAUGAAACACGAUAUAAAUUCUUUUUGAAACAUUGAGUGUGUUCCAAUUAAGCCAGACGUAUAAAAUUGAACUUUUUGUAUCAAGUCAAAUACUAGUAUGUAAGUUUAGUACAUAUUUAGCAGUUACUGGGGGUAACUGAACAUCAUGUUUUUUUUUCUAUUUCUAUAACGUUUAAGUAAUUGCGAUGUACAUAUGAAAUAAGUGAUAAAUAUUUUAACA